AUUAUUACGAUUAGGUUCCACGAAAACAAAGUAAUCGGGCAAUAAUGAUAUAAUUGAAUUGAACUAAUUCGACAAGUCAAAUAGUUAAUUGAAUUUGCUAUAAUAACAUAUAAAUUCAAAGUUGUAAAUAACAAUAAAUACAUAAAGAUGCCUAAAGUAGUUUCAAGAAGUAUAGUGUGUUCUGACACAAAAGAUCAAGAAGAAUACAAUGAAACGAAACCCCUUCAUAUUUAUUACUGCAUUUGUGGCCAAAUGUCCCUUAUAUUGGACUGCACAAUAGAUAGAUUACCUUUAAGACCAACUGACGGCGCGAGAGUUAUCGAUGGAUCCAAGCAUGCUCACAAAAUAACGUCAGAUCCAGACGAAACAGUGUACUUAAAACGUGAAAAAGGCAUCGAAAGACAGUACAGAUCGAAGUGUAGGAAAUGCGGAAUACCUUUAUUUUAUAAGCACGAUCAAACUAACAAUGUUGUUUUUAUAAUGAAUGGUGCGUUAGUACAAUCAGCUGAAGGAUCACUGGCAGACAUAUCUAAACAGGUUGCAUUUUCACAACCUAAGAAAAUUAUGGUUACUAAACACACGAAAAAUAUGGGCAAGUUUAGUUCGGUCACUGUUUCCACUAUUGACGAGGAGGAAGAUGAGAUAGAGGCCAGAGAAGUGGCAGACAGUUAUGCAAACAAUGCACGGAUUAUUGAGAAACAGUUGGAAAGGAAGGGUAUGAACAAACGGCAAGCUGAAACACCAUCGCAGAAUGUUGCCGAGAAAAGAGUAAGAGGGACAUUAAUUGAUAAGUAAAUGUGAAAAAUGUGUUAUAAUAUAAAUAAAUAUAAGAAAAUAUA